AUGAGCGAGGUUCUUUCCGAAGCCGCCAUCGACCAACGUGUUCGCCGAGCUUGCACUAACGGCAAGAAGAAGAAGGCCACCGGAGGCACCAAGGCUGUGGAGAUGUACAAGACUCUCGACACUCGAGACGAGUUGGCGAAAAUGCUCAUCGAAGCUGCUUUCAAACGGAAUAUCACCAAGUACACGGAAAAGAAGCACACGAAGAAGACCGACACAAUUGCCGGUUGGUACACCGAGCGAGCGAUGUCUGUGCAACUGGAAGAAAUCAAGGAGAUUGUCGAGUACACCAGCACCCGACCUUCUUUGAGGAGGAAGUACAAGUACAAUGCCAAGAAGUUUCAGCAUUGGGUUGACAAAGAGUCGAUUGGUGUCGACUCAUCAGAGACGAUCAAGGGCACACGAAAGGAAGUGAGCACCAACGGCAAAGAGCUUCCCGCCGAAGCUGAUGGUGAGAUUUCGGACUUUCCCGAUGAAAAAUCCGGCGACGAGCCGGGGCCGACCGACAAGAAAAACACGCAGGAGGAUGACCUCUCCGAGAAGGUCGAGAAAACGAUGAGUGACCUGUUGCCCCCCAUCGCCAAGAUGCACGAACUUUCCGAGAAGUUCAGGAAGCCCUACAACACGGAUCCGAAGCCCACCGACGCAAGGCACGCAAGCGAGCUUGACCGAAUGGCUAGCAACAUGGAGGGAGUCUACGAUUCGUUGGCCGAGCUUCUGGCGAGCCUGAGUGCAGAGGGCGAAUCUGCAACUGGAGAGAGCAUCUGGACCGAUGCUAAAUCACGCUUGGAAGAGCCGUUGCAGCAACACGGACAUUCUCUGCAAGUAAACAUAGAUUUCCUUGAAGUUUCUACAAGAACUGGCAUUAAACAGAUUCCGUGGUUGGACCCAUACGAAAUGGUCUCUUGCCUUGCCCGUGAUAAUAAGCUCAUCUUUCUACAUGGCGGCAACAACUUGUUGGAGUGGUGGCGACGGUUUGCCAAAGUCGAGCCUGGGCAUCGGGUUUUCGCAGCUGCUGCUCGUGGAGAGAUUUCUCUUCAGAGAACGAUUCCGUUCUUUUCCCACGGAGACGAGGGCCGGGGGAAAAAGAAGAAGGGCAUAUUGAUAUGGUCGCUUCAUGGAUGUGUGGGCUUCGGCACACGACAGUUCCGAGCAAUGCACUCCGAGGUUGAGCAGUGCAACCGAAUGGGUCUCAACAUGUCUGGUAGUAUGUCUUCCAGGUUUCUUCAUGUUGCAGUUCCGAAGUCUGUGUACGGAAAGAAUGCCGAACUUGUCUGGGAUGCAAUUGGCUGCAAUAUUGCUACAUCGUAUAAGCGACUUGAAGAAAAGGGUUUUCUGGAUGCUGAUGGAAAGCAAUAUCAUGCUGUUUGUGUUGGUCUUACUGGAGACAACCCGUUUUUAUCUAAGAUCGGCCACCUAGAGCGAUCUUUCGCCCGGGUGGCAAAAAAGAGUGGCGAUGAUGUUUCCCACGGAAUCUGCUGGAGAUGCUUGGCGGGAACAGCUAACAUCCCGUUUGAAAACCUGAAUUUUAAUCCAGAGUGGUCUUUCACGGAAGACGAAGCUUUGCCUUGGUCGCAACUGCCGCCUUUUUUAGAAGGGCUAGGCUUUGAGAAGAACGAUUCGAAAGCUCCACGAUUUCUGGAGUUCGAUAUCUGGCACAAUUUUCACGGAGGAACAGGGAAGCAUAUUGCAGCUUCGACAGUGGCCGAAUUAUUACCCAAUCUGGAUGUGGGAUCUAUUGACUUCAAAUUUGGUAUUCUUGCAGAAGCCUAUGAAGCCUGGCGAAAGAAGUCAAAACUGACAUUGCAUAUUGGCCACCUUGACCGGGAGCUGUUCGGAAUGGAGCAAGGCUACCAAGUUCUUCCGGUUGGAUGCUGGAGCAAGUUCGACGACACUCGCAUAAUGUUGUGUUUUCUGGAAGACUUCUUGCGAGAUCGGGCCCUCUAUGUUCCAACAGAGAUUACUGAGGAGGCCCUCACCUGCAUCGCUGCCGCGAAUCGGGCUUUCAGGCUGUCUUACCAAGGCGGCUAUUGGUUGACUCCCGACGAAGCAACAUCGAUUGGGCGGUCUGGUUUCCAGUGCUUGCAUUCUUAUGCGAAACUCGCAUUCAUGACAUUGAAAGAAUCAAGAGCACGAUAUCCAAUGAUGCCCAAAAUCCAUUAUUUACAUCAUUGCUGGCGAGAUUGUCUCCUUUCAGCACAGACGUCUGCUUGGAUCCGAAGUCCUUUAGCGACUUCGGUCCAGAUGGAUGAGGAUUUCGUUGGACACACGUCGAGGUUAUCUCGUCGUGUAGGGAGCCGGCAGUUGAUGCUUCGGACCUUGCAAAGAUACCUUGUUUCAGUGAAUUUCGCCAUCAGAUGA